GCCAACCGCAACCGUGCACUGGCACGUCGUGUCCUGGCGGAGUCCUCGGCUCCAGGGGGCCCCAAGCUGCAGCUCUCAGCGCUGCUGGUCGAGCCGGGAUGGAGGAGCGCCCUCGCGGGGGAGCUGGCGGGAGCCAACCUCCGGCAGCUAGACUCGUUCCUGGGGGCCGAGUGGGCACCGGGCAGGAAGCCGGUCUUCCCGCCGAAGGAUUGCAUCUUUCAGGCCUUCAACGCCUGCCCGUUUUACCAGGUUCGUGUGGUGAUCCUGGGUCAGGACCCCUACCACGGCCCGGGCCAGGCUAUGGGCCUGGCCUUCAGCGUGCCCCGGGAUGUGCGGCCCCUGCCGCCCUCCCUCGUCAACAUCUACAAGGAGGCGGCCGCGGACCUGGGCUGGGGGGACCGCCCGGCGCACGGAGACCUGUCCGCGUGGAGUGUGCAGGGUGUACUGCUGCUCAACACGUGCCUGACCGUACGACAAGGCGAGGCCAACAGUCACGCCAAACGCGGCUGGGAGCAGUUCACGGACGCCGCCAUCAGGGCGCUAAGCGAGCGCCGCAGCGGUAUCGUCUUCCUGUUGUGGGGCAACCCCGCCCAGGCCAAAGCGAGCCUGGUGAACACUCGCAAGCACCACGUGCUGAAGGCGGCCCAUCCGAGUCCCCUCUCCGCCUCCCGAGGCUUCUUCGGAUGCCGUCACUUCUCCGAGACCAACAAGCUGUUGACGAGCCAGUCAUUGGAACCCAUCCAGUGGAGGCCGUCGUGA